UCCCAAUGGUGGUGAGUUUCUGUGUGAGUAUCUUUACCCUGUGAUUGAAUUCACCAUUCAUCAGAUUUUAUUAGUAUUCAUAUUUUUAUUUUAUCAUGAUGAUGAUGAUGAUGAUGAGACUUUGAUGCUUGCGUAUUAAAUGUUUACACUCCUUGUUUAAGGUGGAGUCUCACUUAUCCUCCGCCUCACCGGAAACCUUUUCAACCAAUAAUAUUAUCACUCCCUUUACUAUUAUUUUGUUUUCUUUUUUAUCAUCAUCUUCAUCAUCUUUCUCUCUCUUUUUUUUCUCAUUUUUCUCUCUUUUUUUCUCUCUCUUUCUCUCUUCCAUAACCAUCUCUCUUUUUUUCUCAUUUCAUCUUUUUUGCCUCUUCUAUCAUUUUCAUCGUUUCAUCAUCGUUAUCGUUUUCUAAUUAUAAUAAUAAUCAUCUGUAUUAUUUUUCCAUCUUCAUCACCAUCGUCAUCUAAAUCAACACCACAACAACAACAACAACAACAUCAUCAUCAUCAUCAUAUGUGUGACACCAAAUUGAUAUUAAUUGAAAAUCUUCAGUGCUCUUAAUCCCCCCUGAUAAACACGCGGUGGUUUUAAUACCCAGUGUGUUUCCCACUCGCCACCGAUAUGGAUGAGGAUAAACCAUUUGAUCUUAGUGUAAAACCAAGUGAUAUUGCUAAUCGUUUAUCUAAUCAUAAUAAUAAUAAUAAUAAUAAUCAUCAUCAUCCUCCUAAACCAAAUCUUCAUCUUAAUCAUCUUAAUCACCUUAAUCAUCACCUUAAUCAUCUUGCUGCUCGUCAUAAUCCUCUGGUUGUAAAUAGUUGCUCUAAAAGUGAUUCAAUUCUUAAUGUUUUUCAACGUUCAACUCCACUUUCACCUUCAACCCUUUCACCGGGUAACAGUAACAACACACCUCUCUCAUUAACCUCAUCAUCGACAACAACAACAACCAUUACAACAUCACCAACACCAACAAUAAUCAAUUCAUCUGGAAACAGUCACAACAACAAUCAUCAUAAUUCAUCAUCUUCUCAUCAUCAUGUAACUAAAUUAUCUACUAAAACCUCAUCAUCAACAUCUUCAUCUUCCUCAACCACCUCGGGCAAUAAUCCGAGUAAACUUAUCACCAAUCUCGGACCCGCUCCAUGGAUAGAUCGAUCUCUCAUCACUCCUCCUUCCGCUAUUCUUCAAGGUACACUUGGUGCCGAACUUGAAAUUGUACCAGGAAACAAAGUCGAUUAUACUAAUUAUGUUAAACGUUAUGCCAAUGCCUUAGAUUGUGGAUCUGAUAUUUGCAGAGAUCGUCAAUAUCGUGAACAUUUUCACUGUUUAGAUUGUUAUUCAAAGGUUUUCGUUAAAAAGGAAGAGAUGAUCCGCCAUUUUAAAUGGCAUAAGAAGCGAGAUGAAUCUCUCCGAAAUGGUUUCCUCCGUUUCUCCUCCCUGGACGAUUGUUCGGAAAAAUUUCCUAACUGUCCACACCGAAUGAAACAAACCCACUACCAUUGUCUUAAACCAGGUUGUCGAAAGAUCUAUAUUAGUACUUCAGAUGUAUCCAUGCACGCUUCAUGUCACCGUAAGGAUGCUGCAAUUAUCGAGCAAGGUUUCCAACGAUUCAGAGGAACAGAAAAUUGUCUUUUACCUUCAUGUACAUUUUAUGGUAGGAAAACAACUCAUUUCCAUUGUAUUCGAGAUUCUUGUGGAUAUACAUUUAAAAAUAAAGCCGAUAUUGAAAAACAUAAAACUUAUCACAAUAAAGAUGAACAAUUAACUCGAGAUGGUUAAAAGUUUCUUAAACACGAAAUUUGUACCUUUGAAGAUUGUCGAUUAUCUCGUAAUUCCAAUCACAUUCACUGUAUACGAGUUGGUUGUAAUACUGUCCUUCAAUCAACGAGUCAAUUAUAUUCACAUAAAAAGAAACAUGAACGGAAAGAAUCUGAAUUAGGAAUGAAGAAACUUCAACUGGCCACUGAAAUGCUACGUCAAAUUAAAGAUAAUAAUUCUAGUUCAAUGGAAGAGGGAACCUCUGAAGAUGACCUCAAUGGAUAUAAUAAUAAUAAUAACAAUAAUAAUAAUAAUGAUCAUGAUGAUAAUGAGGAUAAUGAUCAGGAUACUGACCAUGAUCAUGAUAACAAUUUACUGACCAGUCUUUCAGCUGAGAUUGAAAAUAAUAGCUCAAGUAUUACAUUGGAAACUAUUAUUGGACUUAUACUGGACCAAGUUUACCUGAAAACAUAUACCAAAUUUAACUCAGAUACUAGAUGUUUCCAACCAGAUUGUCCAUAUAAAUACAAGGAGCAUUUUCAUUGUAAUAAAUGUGAAAAUAAUGUUUCUCGGGACAAUUUACAAAAACAUGCCAAAGAACACUUAAUGGAGGAAGAGGCAACUAAAUUACUCCUCGAAGAGUCCGAAGAGGGUAAAAACUGUCGAGAGGAUUGUCCACUCUUCAGGAAGGAGACACAUUAUCACUGCCGAAUGUAUGGAUGUAAUUUUGUGAUAGACAUGAAUGAUACCAACUUUAAACGUCUAGAUCAUUAUAAAUUGCACGAAGAGCAGCAAAUUUUAAUGGCCUCAAAUGACCCAGGUCCAGAAAAUGAGGCUUCCUCUGCAGCCUCAUCAGCACCUUCCAAUGCCUCGGAACGACCUGCUUCUGGUUUAUCUCAGCCUAUUACGCAAACAUAUCCAACGGGAACUACACUUACCUCCGUCGACGGAUUCCCGAUAUUCAAACGUAAACGAGGACGUCCACCUAAAAAUAAACCCGAGUCCAUCAGUGAUGGUUAUUAUCCUUCCUCUGGGCCAAGACUUAAUCUCACCGAAAACAGUAACCCACCACCUCCAGUAACAAACCUUCAUUCAAAUAUUCCGCUGGGAUCGUUUUUAAAUUUGGCUGCCACGCUUUUAUUUGGUAAUCAUGAGAUACCUCCUCAUGUCGCUCUCAACUUUGCCCGACCCAACUUUGGACUCCCCGAGUUGGGUGGAGGAGGUUCGUCCACAUAGAGCCCCAAAGACCACCACCUCCAUCACCUCCAUCACCGAGCCCCAUCACCGUCCCAACCAUUGUAUCAAUGAUAAAUUAUUAUUAUUAUUAUUAUUAUUAUAUUAUUAUCACAUGGAAGAUAAGAUGCUGAAUAUGAACAAUUAACAACAAUUAGUUGAUUGUUGAAGAAGAAACAAAAAAUGAGAUUUCGAAUGAUAAGUUUGUUACGAAUCAGCGAAUUAAAUGUUAAUCUUAUUAAUAAAGAAAAACGAAAAAAACGAAAAAAGUUCAA